AUGUCCAAAAAGAACACCUUAUGGCUGGACUGUGUCCCACUGACAUCAAUUUUGGUAAAGAGCCAGUGGAAAGAUACGGUCUCCACCCACUUGGCUGAAUAUUAUCGGCAACUAUCACGUGCCAUGAGCGGACGGGGAUGUGUUCCUGUGAGCGGCCCCAAGGCUCGCGAUCUUAUUCAUAUCAUUGAACUGGCUGUGCUCAGCUCACGAGUUGGUAAAAGUGUGGAGUCUUAG